AUGUACUCACCAGAAUGUGCUACCAAAUCUAAUUUAGCUAAAAUAUCCCCUGAGGUAUUUGAAUUGAUGAAUGCCUCAGUGAAUGGACGGAAGGACAAAUCCCUGAGAGUAAUGAGUCAGAAAUUUGUCAUGUUGUUCCUGGUAUCGAAACCCCGAGUGGUUAGUCUCGACACUGCUGCUAAAAUUCUAAUUGGUGAUGACCAGAAAGUAGAUCUGGAUCACAGCAAGUUUAAGACUAAAAUCAGACGACUCUAUGAUAUCGCUAAUGUUCUCACCAGCCUUGAACUUAUAAAGAAAGUACAUGUAACGGAGGUGAGAGGGCGGAAGCCAGCAUUUAAAUGGAUUGGACCAGAGGCAUUCCCAGACCUAAUUGACAUAAAACCCAUUACUCUGACUACCUCAGCUGCACCUAAUACUCAAUUGUCAAAGAUUUCAAAAGAAACGUUUGCCAAGAAUCUAUUCCCUGCAUCGAACACUAAACAAGGCUUCACCCGCCAUGCAUCUUUGAACCACUUAUUAGAAAAUCUGGAGAAUAACCAGAGGAAGAUCAGCUCUGCACCAACCAGCCCAGUUGGCAAAGUUUACGGUGAUUCGUCUAAAGCUGGGUUAUAUCCAAGUAAAAUGGACCAGCUUGCUACAAUCUGUAAACUUCAGUUGGAAGCACAAUCUAACCUGAAUGCCAGUAAACUCGUAACCUCACCAUUAAAACCAUCUUCCUCACAAGAGAAAUCAAAAAUUGAUCAUCCUCCUGGACUUGUAGAACCAGCACAAUUUACUGGAGUUAAUUCAACCAUAUUCCCUCAGGUUAAACCAACAUUGCAGCCUCUUGGGGUCUUUCCUUUGAUGCACGGACAAUAUUCUUCUGUUUUACCAAUGAUGUUACCUCAAAGCCAGUCUGGUGGAUCUUAUACAAUUUAUUUACAACCUUCACAGCCAAGAAACCUGACUGCACAUCCAUCUAGCUUUGCACAGUCUAUAUCCUUGGCCACCGAGCAACAAAUUGUAAAUACUAAUGACUCAAAGUCAAGGAACCACACCAAUAAACGGACUGCUGAAACUUGUGCUGAUGUGCCAGAAACACAUAUUGACAUCCAGAAUAGUAAAGCAGCCAAACAUGAUAAUAUUCCUGACUGGUGCCUGAAGCAACCCUGUACUUGUGACCUCAGUGAUGUUCUGCAGUCCAAAGCAGCAAAUAAACCCGUUGAGAGCCAACAAACAAAGGAUGCUGAUUCAUUCAAGGGCUCUUCAGCAAACAAAGAUGAGCUUUUUGAGAUUCAUCAGGCGAGGCUAAAGGCUCGCAGAAGCCUCAUAACUAAUCGGGUUUCCCCAAGGGCUUUGCAUCUUGACCCAGAGUUCAUCAAUGCCCCAGAAGACAAGAGUCUUGGCUGUGAAAAACUAGAGCACAGUGUUGAAUGUUACCUUGAGAAUGAAGAGAAGAGUGGGAUUAUUGUGUCAGAAGGAAAAGCCGCCACAGUGAAAGCUGUUCCAGUGGCAAUUGCAUUUCCUGCCCUUCAUUCUGUUUCUGAGACUGUAAUGCCAUCAGGAUACCUCAUCCCAUUGCCACAGCAAGCAUCUUUCAAUAAUUCAAGGAAUGGGUCUCCUGAAAUGAAAAAUAAAUGUGUCCCCUCACCAGAACAUCAGCUUUAUCAUUCACCAUUAUCAGGUAUUGCAUCAAUGACUACUUCAGAGUAUUCACCAGCUAAUUUCUCUGCUACACAUGUAACCCCUCUGAAAUUGCCUUAUCCAGUGGCAGUAGCUUCUUCUGUUGCUUCUCUUCCUAUCGCAAGCCAAGCCAACGUCACAUCCCUCACUUCUUCAGGUCAUCACUUUCCUAUUCACAGUCCCAGCCCAGGAAUUCUGAAUUUCACACUGCAGAAUCUUGGCUUGAUCAACCCUGGUGUGCACUUUUCAGUGAGUCAAGGGCCUACAAUGACAACUGCUCCUCCAGAACAAGCUAGUCCUCUCACAGGAAACAUCAAUCUACAACAAGGAAAAAUGAUUUUUGUUAAACCAGUUUCUCCUCAGCAUCAGCUGAAUGGACAACCUGUAGCAUUGAUUAGCAUACAACAGCCUAGUGUGCCAGCUACACCCGAGGGUGCUCAGUCGGUCAACAGAGAGAGCUUUUUCCGUACUCCAGGAGGUCCAUCAUCAGCUUCCAUCCCAUCAUCAGUACCUGCUGUCAUCACCAACAGCAAUAACAAAAGUCCUGCAGGAAACUUGCCCCUUCCUCAACGAAAGCUUGAGGUUUGCACUGAAGAUUUUCAAUGACUGUGGAAUGGCUGGUAAAUCCAGAAUGGUCUACAAGAUUUUUAAUGUAUUGCUAGGUUAUGAACAAAUCUUGGGGUACAUUCUAAAUAUGUAACGCAUAAUUUGCGUUUAAUCCUAUGAUUUUUUAAAAAAUGUUAUCUGGCAGCGCAUAUUGCUCUAAUGGAUUCUUUUGAAGUUUACAUUGUACCAAUGUGAUGUUAACAUAGCCAUAAUUUACAAAACUGUGAUCUUCUGCUUAAGCAGAAUAAUAAUUCAAUACAGAACCAUAUUCAUAUAAGUACUAUGGUUAAAUAUGGCUAGAAUUACAAACUACAAGGAAUAUUUACUUUGCACAUUAAACAAGUGAAACAGUAGAAUGUAUACCAUCCUACCUAGAGUUAGUUUACUGUUUAUGUAUAUAAAUGGUACAACCAUUGUACACAUCAGCUGCAAAUUAACACUGGAUGACAUUUAUGGCAUGCAUUGGGGAUGAUAUCCCCAACACAGAAAUAUAUGUACUGUAAAGUCAGCUCAUUCUCCAUUUAAGAAAACAAUAUAUUAGAUGGCCAUUGUUACUAAACAAAAUUGGUCAACACAAAUUUAAGAUGGCAUAGAACAACUUGAACUGGAUGUAAAAUUACCGGAAAAUUGUCAGUUUGAAAUUGAGUAUGUGCAUAGUACCAGAAUAAUCCAUUGGGGAAAUACAUAAAAGUACUGUAUCUUGUGCAUAUUGUGUUGUAUUUAUGUAUAACAUUAAAGCAUUAACUUUAAAUCGAACUAAAGUUCAAAUUGAUAUGCUGAUCCAAUUUUAGCUGUCACUGUCUCUUGUAAAACCAAUCUGAACAACUACUGUGAGCUAUAGAUUGUUCUAGGUUUCUCAUGAUUUCUGAGCGUUUCACAAUUAAAUAUUAAAAUGUGGAAGCCCUAGUAAAGAGGUAGUGAUUUUUGUUAGUCCAAUCAAGUUUCUGUCCAGCUAUUUGAAUUUAUUUAUAUUGUCAUGCGGUUCUGUACAGUGACUAGUUCAGAAUAAAUAUGUACAGUUAGAUUUCCAUAUGUUGAACUGCUUCCAAACAAUUUGAUUUUUACAGUAUAAUGGAUUGUGUUUGUGUGUUCAUGCAAUUUUAUUCUCAAGAUGAGUUAUAAAGCAAAAUAGUUAGCUGUCUGCUUAUUUCCCUGGAUGGCAGUGAAGACACAGCAGUCCACUGGCACUGGUGCAGUAAACUGAGUCUCAGAAAACUUUAAU